GGUGGCCGGAAAAAGCCCACUCGUUUAAGAUUUGUCUUAUGCGUGACCUUUUUGAUGUUUGAACUCGGCAAAAUGCGUUUUGUUUGCGUGCGGUCAUUUAAGGGUAAAACAUUUAUUGAUAUACGGGAAUAUUAUAAUGACAAGGGAAGCGGUCAAAUGAAACCUGGUAAAAAAGGGAUCAGCCUCUCCAUAGACCAGUAUGAGCAGUUCAAAUGUAUUCUUGAUAGUAUUGAUAAAAAAAUAAACACUGUAUAA